CGUUGAUAAGCUCACAAUCACUAACGCACGUGCAUUAAUUUGCCGGCACUCGGCAACGGUCAGCCACUCUGUUUUACGUGUGAAACCGUUUGUUUUUCGUUCUACAAAUGUUUCUGUAAUAAUUCGUAUAAAUCACUACUAUCUAUUUUCUGUUUAACGGCGAUGUUUGCCGAACCGAUAAAUCCGGGAAAUGUCGACACGUCUCUUCUUCGAACGCACUAUUGACCUUUUGAAACUACGCGGUUUAAAAUGAGUAAGGUAAUGUCGUUAUUUCUUUUGUUAUUACUUACUUUUCCUCACUUACUCUGUACCUACGUAAGCGGCAAAACAAUAUGGAAACUCGACUCGUAUGUUUUAGACCGUCCGGCUGGAUGCUACGUCGUGUCGAAACGCUGUUUGGCGUAUGGCGGCCUACAGUCGUUUGGCCGUUCUGGUCGUCCAGUACCUGUCCAACGCGCUGAUUUCCGACCAUCAGGCUCGAGACGUGUUCAUAUCGCCGUGUCUCGGUGACGGAGACGACACCGUCGUCGGCCGUGUCGUAACCCAUUUCCUGGGCGGGUUCCUGCGGUGGGACGCCCAAUAUUUCCUGCACGUCUACCGGUACGGUUACACGUACGAAAACGCGUUGGCCUUUUUCCCCGCGUUUCCCGGCGCCGUGCGCCUGUUGGCCGCGAUCGUGCCCGGCCAUCCCAACACCGCGUUCCUCGCCGUGUCGAUCGCUUUGAACAACGUCGUUUUCGUUUUCGCCGCUUUGGCCCUGUACGAUUUGACGUUGCGCGUGCACGACAACGACGUGCGCACGGCCUACAACUCGGCCGUGCUGUUCUGUUUCAAUCCGGCCAGCGUGUUUUUCUCGGCUCCUUAUUCAGAGUCUCUGUUCGCCCUGACGACGUUUUACGGGAUGUACCAUGUGCAACGCGACAGCGUUUGGAAAUCCGCGUUGUGUUUUGGCUGCUGCGCGCUGAACCGGUCCAACGGGCUGCUCAAUUCCGGCUAUCUGCUGUACUCGGCCGUUCGAACCGCCGUGACCAAAAGAAUACUAUUGUUCAAAUUUGUUUUAGGGUCGUGUUUGGUGUUCGCCUGUUUCGGUUCGUUUCAGUUAUACGGUUAUUACAAGUUUUGCACCCUUCGAGGACACUACUUCGAACCGAAAAUUGUUGACUACGCCCGCGCCAAUAACCUUGUGAUGCCGAAUAACCAUACCGUACCUCUGUGGUGUGGUGUGCGUUUACCGUACUCGUACGUCCAAGAGAAAUAUUGGCAAAAUAUUGGCUUCUUAAAUUAUUACCAAUUCAAACAGAUUCCCAAUUUUAUGUUGGCAUUCCCUUGUAUCUUUUUACUGUUAAACCACGGAUUCAAAUAUUUUUACAACAACAAUAUAAUGUAUUUAGGCCUCAGGGACCGAGAUAAACCAGAUUUCGUGUAUGUCGUUCAUUCGACUGUUCUAACAUUAUUCUGUCUAUUUUGCAUACACGUACAGGUCACCACCAGAAUGUUGGCGUCUUCUAGCCCCGUGUUCUAUUGGGCUUGCGGGUCAUAUUUUCAGUUUCCGCUAAAUUUUAACAGAAUAACUUACAGACGUGUAUACAACGAUUUUAAAUCUAGACUGGUCGUAUUAUAUUUUCUGGCAUACUUUGUUGUGGGCACGGCACUUUUUGUUAACUUUUUACCAUUUACCUAAACUAACCAAAUAUGUUCAUAAUAAUAAUAGACUAUUUUAAAUGUAAAUGUUGUUACUUAUAUGUUUACUAUAAGAAAAUAUUGUUCAUGAUGUUAUUGUUAACUGUUAUUCAUUUGAUAUUUUAAAUUUACAAAUGUUAAAUUAUGUCAAAAGUUUAUUGUACCUGAAAACAAAUAAGUCAUUAUUAUUAAUUGGUAAUUAAUUAAGUUAGGAACUCAAACAUUUAACUUAUAAUAAUUCAAAUAGUGUUUUAAAUAUUUUUAUUUAUCAUUGUUUUGAUGUAUUUUGUAAAUGUUUUGAUAUACUUAUAUAUUACCAAUAAUAUAUUAUUAAUAAUUGUUUUUUAAAUGAUUACAAAAACAUAAAUUGGUAAUUGCUUAUACAGUAUUAAAACAAAUAUUUUUAAAUUAUUUUAUUUUAUUUAUAUUUUAAUGGGACCAUAAUACCAAAAAAUAGUGCAAAAAAUACAAAAUAACAUUAAAACAGCAACAAAAAACA